CCGCAGAUCACUCGGUAGCUUUCUGUGCCCUCGAGAUAUGGCCCAAGGUUAUUUUCCUAUCGUCACCCUACGUGGAACUACUUGUCAGGUCGCAAAAAGUCUUGAGAAACUCAACCAACCAUGGGAGUCAUACCUGGAAGACUGGAAAGAGACGCCAGGAGGUUUGAACGACCUCGAGAAAGUCACCGGUAUCAGCGUUAGAGGGUGGAUUUGCGACUGGGAGGAGGAUGAAGUAAACGUACUUCUAGGACAACGCGCGGAGGAGGACUCGUCGCCAGGUCUUCACGAGGCGUUUGGAGGGAAAUGUGAUCCCCGGGAAAGCAUCCCGGAAGCUUUAAUUCGUGAAGUCUUCGAAGAGACCGGUCAAGAUAUCCUCUUUAUACAUGCCUUGGUAGGGGUUGAUGCCUUUCUUACUCCUCGCUCUAAGCGGUGGAUUGCCCAACUUCACUUCCUAAUUGAGGUUGCGCGGAACUCCGAGUCUCUCGGCAGCAGAGGCUUUCACAUUCGAUUGGACCCAGUCGAACAUCAAUCCUACAUUUGGGCUCCUGGAAAACUCGAUGCAUUGAAUAGCCUACAGCUCACAGAGGCUACCAGAAACCAUCUUCAGUUAGCAGUUGAAGCGUUCCGAGAGGAAUACCCAAAAGGAUCGAGGCAACGAAAUUCCCCGUCGUCUAAACCGCCGCUCUGAUUUGAAAAAAGCUUGUCAUGGAAAGGCUGGUUGCUUUUGAAAAACACGAGUCAAAUUUUCUGCAUCUCUCUGUGUCGGUCUCUCUGUCUCUCUGUCUCUCUUCGGAAUAACUUUCGUUUACCAAUGUUUAUGAUGAAUUUGGACUAGAUAUACAUAGUGUCAAGGGUGGGCGCUCGAAGGCUAGUCCAUGGCAGACGGGUCGAGCCAGCAAAAUCCGCAAUUUGAAAGAUAUAUCUAAGACCACAC